GAUCUUCCAGCAGCAGCACAUACUUACCGCUACUUCUCACAGGGAAAAUUCUCUAAAAAGUCGUCUGACAGAAUGUAAGCAGGAUCCUAUCGCUUGUGGAGAUAAAUAUUAUUCAUCGCCUUUUGGAUCGUGAUAAACUUAAAAACUGCAAGACUCCUGUGCCUCCCCCGGGAGAAUCCUGUGGAGCUGGCUGCUGGAUUGUCGUGUCUAUCAAAACAAAGGAACAGGAGCAGAGGCUAGUUGGAAGGAAUGAGGAGAGUCUCUUUCCAGCAUGGAUGAAGUAGAGAGGCUGCCUGCAGUGUCUGGGAUUAAGUCAGUCUCACACACCAGCAGGGUGCAGGCUAGAGGUUACUGAAUGAACUUGGAUGAAGAAAGCACACAGUCAUUAGACAAUAGGAUUUAUCCAGAGCAUGUAGGAGCCCUCUUUGGACCAUACUGAAGGAGAAGUGCAUGGUUACAGACCUAAACCACAGCAAUAUCUGCAGCCUGAGCUGAAUUUAUUUCUGAACUUAUAUUUUCCAAGCCAGAAACCCAGAACAACUGUGAAGCCCAGAAUCUUUGACCACAUACGCAGCAGAGGUUUUCAGGAAUUGGAGUCAUGCAUAUUUUCAGCUCGCAUUUAUCGUCACUGAAUCUUUCUGGAUAUGAACUAACACCAAAGACAAAAACGGGACGUAGCUGCAUCUGUCUUCUUUUUGAACACCAGUACUAAGACACUUUCCACUCAGCUGGAGCUUUUAAAACUUCUGUUCUUUGGAGUCUUGAUUCACAUUUGAGGCUUCAAGGGUGAUGCGUGUAUAAUUUUCUGUACAUAAAUCUCAUCGUUUUUUUUUUUCCAAAAUACAUUUUGGGUUGUACAGUUUUUCAAUUUUUAUCAGCUCAGGAAAUAUUUCUAUCCAGAGAAGUCAUGAACUUGGGAAAACUCUCUGGCCUGAAGGGCCUAGUGUCCCACUCCUCAGGAAAGCGUCGCUUUAAAGGUGACCUCACCCCGGACAUGAUUAGCCCCCCGCUGGGCGACUUCCGCCAUACCAUGCACGUUGGCCGCGGAGGGGAUGUUUUUGGCGACACCUCGUUCCUCAGCAACCACGGCGGAGCAGGAAACAACACAGAUGGAGACUCUUCCUCAACUUCAGAGAAGAAUGAGGGAUUUUUCUCCCGAACUCUCCGCCAUGUCCGCAGGACCCCAGACAGGCCCCGUGGUGGCUCCAAGGACCUUUCACCCCCGCCUCCACCCAUUUCUCCCAUCAUAAAAAAUGCCAUCUCUCUGCCCCGUCUGGAUGUGGACUCACCCAAUGGUUGUACUGUGAAAGUGCUUUUUCCUAGUACACCCAAGACACCAGAAAAUUCUACUUACAUGUACGGUUUAGAGUCUGGUUUCGUCACUUUGCCGAGGCUGUCACGCACCGAGCGUCAAUCCCAGGGCAGCUAUCCCCCAUCAUGCCCUCCUGAAAUCCACAGAGGCUCCCUCACCGACACGGGUAUCUCCUGUUUCCCCUGCUCAGACUCCGUCAGUCCCUCGGACUCCAUGAACUCUUUCACACUCGAUCUGGGCCCUUCCCUCAUGUCUGAGGUAUUCGCCAUGAUUGACAGCCCUGUAUGUGAAAAAAGCAUUUCCUACAGUGAAACCACGUGUGAGCCCACUCUGGCAUUAGGAUCGACUGAUGAUGACGUCGACUCGGAUGCGACCACAUCCUUGGUGGACUCCCUCCUGAGAGAAGACGGUGAUGGAAGGACGCGGUUGUACGGAGGAGAGUGGAAGCAUUCGGACUUUGUUAAUGGCGAGUCGCUGAAAAAAUCCAAGGUGGGAGAUGUGAUGUUCUCGAACGCUGUUGAGGAUCACGGCAUGGAGCCAGAACGUUUCCAGAGGGCUGCAGAUGUGCUGGCACGUCAUUACGGAGGAGGACUGAGGAAUGCAGAUGCCAACCGUUCUCAGAGGAGACCCUACAACUAUCCUGAUGAGGAAGAGGAGAUCAAAGUCUAACAGUAUGAGAUGG